UACUGCUCCCCAUCAACCAUAAAUGAAUAUCCAUUAAUAGAUUGCCUUUUGUUUAUCCAGGGAGUUCCCUUUGGGUACAAUACACCAAAGACUCGUCUCUUUCGAUUCACUACACAUCAUGUGUCCUUGACUUGAUUUGUUUACUUGCAAUAAUCAUAAGACAUGCUAACGGUGUUGAAGUAUCUCUACUUCAUUAACCUUAGAGUACUUGAUCUUCACAAGUAUCUCUUCAAAUGUAGUGGCAUUUAUGACUUAGCUUAGGGUUUACGUAAAACUCCUAAGUAUUCACAUCAUUUCACUUUGGAAAUCACCCAAGUGACAUUCUACAUCACUUCUCCCCAAUUUAUCCACCACAUUUCAACUAUUUCACUAUAGUUGUUGAAAACAAAGUUUCCAGUAUGGGGAAUGUUGUUCAUAUACCUUCAUGUAUAUGACUAAAUCAUUUUCUCUUUGGGAAGAGUGUACUAACAUCCCUAAGAAAUCUUAUUUGGAUUUCUUAAACUAGCUCUCUGACAUAAAUGUCAACAUAUGCUAGAGUUUACUCAUAAGUUAAUCCUUGGACUUGGUUAACUCCACAAGGUUUAUGGACUUGUGCUUUCUCACUGGACACCUUCAUACUUUCAAGUAUGGAUUGUUUUACCUUCUCACUUUUGUCUUAUGGAUAGGUUUGCAUCCCAUUGUAGGGUCUUGAGAUAGUAGCUGAAACAAUGGCUAGCUCUUCUCCCCCACAAUUCUACCCUUUGCCAAACAUCAUGGAAUAAUACAAAUAUUUUUCUGUAGUUUGAAAUUGACAACCACUAUAUGUAUCUAAUUGCACUUUCGGGUAUUUGUGCAAGGGCGCCACCGAUUGCCGAUUUUGGAUGGAUCUCUGUCCGAGCCGGAUGCCACUGCAUCGGCUAAAGCUCGGUCUGACUGGGUUAUUGACAAUGCCCAAGUUAUUUCGUGUCUCUUGUUCUCGAUGGAGCUAGCUAUGGCGCUGAGUCUCCGGGGCUUUACUAAUGCUCAUGCAAUGUGGCAACAUCUUCAUAGUAUUCAUUCUCAAGUUAAUGUCUCUCUGAAGUUUGAGCUUGAGGUCGAGAUCGCCUCCCUGCAGCAAGGUGAUCUUGAUGUGCGUUCAUAUUAUCAAGUUGCUCUGAAUCUAUUAAAGGAACAAGAUAUGUUGACUACUUCUCUAGUGUCUGCUGCAGCCUCUCUCGAGGUCUUGAAGAAAUGUGCGAGCACUCGCCUCAUGCAUUUUCUUAUGAAGCUCAACCCAGCAUUUGAAGGGGUUCAUUCCUCCCUACUUCAUCGUAACAUUAGUACCGUUGAGGAAGUUCUUGCCGAGUUAGUUCGCAAAGAGACUCGUCUUCGCAGUCAGGCAAAACUGGUUCUCCACUCCUCUGAUUCUGGGUCUGCAUUUGCAGUUCAGUCAAGACAUCCUCAGUUUGGACGCAAUUCUACUGGAGAGAUCAUUUGCUAACACUCAAAGAUCGUGGCCAUGUACAAGUUCUUUGUCCAAAAAAAACUGUGUGCAAUUAUUAGAAAGCAUCCGGGCAUCUUAUUGGCGACUUCCCCGUCUUGGCGCGUCGAGGCUGCUCCCGCGGGUCUGCCGCACGUCAUUCUGUUGCAGGGUAUCGCCCACCUGCUGGUCGCGUUCCUUCCGGCAGUGCCUACGCGACUACGUUGGCGACUCCAAAUCCUUCUACUACUCCUGCUGCGAGCUCGACUUCCUCCUCAGGAAUCUCUUAAGAUGACAUAUGCCGGCUGAUACGUGAGACUCUCCGAGACAUGGUUUCUCCUGUUCUCACCACCGCAUAUGCGACGGGUAUGCCUUCUUCAUCUUCCUUCCCCUGGCAUGUUGAUUUUGCCGCCGUAAACCAUAUGACUAGUCAUCGAUCCUCCUUCCUAGUAUUCGUCCUAGUUCUGGUCUCUCUUUACAGGUGGCUAAUGGCACCACUAUUUCUGUUGAUGGGGUUGGUUCUGUCUCUAGUGAACAGGUGUAUUUUCCCCAUACAUUUUACGUACCAAAAUUGGUUCCCAAUUUGGUCUCGGUUGGUCAACUUGCUGAUGAGGGCUGUCAGGUUGUGUUUGAUGCUCGUGGUUGCAUUGUGCAGGAUACAGGGACGAGGAUGGAAGUCGGGAGAGGGAGUAAAAAGGGACGGGUGUACAUGCUCGACAGUUUUUCUCAUCAUCCGAUUGAUCGUGGUGGACCUACUUCUGUGGGGAUGGCGGUUGCGGGUCAUGAAGCCUAUGGAGUUGUUGAGCCUGUUCAUUCUUUAUGUUCACCUUUAUCUUUUUGAGAUUUUGGAUAUUCAGUUCAGUUAUUGGAUUGGGAUUUGUGGAAUUUUCGUUUGGGUCAUCCUCAUAAGUCGAGACUCUUUGAUAUGUUUAAGAAUAAUUGGUUGACUAGUUUUGUCAGAUUGAUUCCUCCUCAUGAUUAUAUUCAUUGUGUGGAAGCUAAACUUUCUCAGCGAUCUUUCAGUGAUAGCUCUACUGUUUAUUCUGAUCCUUUUGACUUGGUUCACACGGAUCUAUGGGGUCCAUCACUAGUGAUCUCCCGUUUGGGGUUUCGGUAUUUUGCUCUCUUGGUGGAUCAUGUUACUAUGCCUACUUCUUAAAGCAAAAAUAUGAAUUGAUCAACGUGGCCAGAUAAUUCCUGCAGAUGGUCUCGACACAGUUUGGUAAGACCGUCAAGAUCCUUCGGUCUGACCCUGGUGGUGAGUUUCUAUCCCACCCCUUACAUGAUCUGUUCCGUCAGUACGGUAUUCUUCCUCAACGAUCAUGUCCUGGGGUAUCUCAAAAGAAUGGGUUGGUGGAUCGGAAAAAUUGUCAUGUUCUUUUGCUUACUCGUGCCUUGCUAUUUCAAUCUCGGGUUCCUCCUUGAUUCUGGGUUGAAGCCAUCCAUACUGUGGUCUAUUUGAUCAACCGCCAAAUAACUCCCAUUCUUGAGCAACGUAGUCCAAACCAGACUCUGAUACCAUGUCAAACUCAAUCACGAUCAAAUACGAAACAACGCCAGACACUCGAUUUACGUGGUUUCUCCAACGUUAGAACGUUGAGACUAGUCCACGUCACAAGGCAUUCAGUUCUCUUAUUGUGCAGAAUUCUCCGAGAGUACAGUGGUCUCUAAUCGGCUACACAUAAACAUAUAUAUAGCUAUCCCUCAUAACCCUAUGGUAUUAAACAUCCUUGAAUAUGUUGACUUCAUACAUGUAGAUGAUGAUAAAAUGGAUAUGUUGUUUGAGUUCUUGAAACAAAAUCAUGGUAUUAAAGUGAUUGAGGUGUA